AUGAAUGCCCUGGAUUCCUGGAAAUGUUCAAACCAGCUUCCUUCUGACUCCUUCAAGUACCUUAGCUGGUGUGACAUAGAGGAACACGGUGUUCGAGGAAAUCAGCUCCUCUGUCCCCGAGUGAGGCAAGGGCCCUCAGAAGAAGAGCUGUUUUUCAGAAAAGAAGAACAUACUCUGAAAAGAAGAAAACAAGUAACUGGCACAGAGAAAUGGGAAAGGAGGCUGCAAGAGAACUGGGAAAACUGUGCUGAGUUGAACCUUUCCUUCCAGGACCUGGGUGAUCUUUACCAGGUGGAAAACUUCCAGAGAAUCCUCCGCAGAUUAAUUCGGGUGGAAAAGCUUUGGUUGGUGGACAAUUCUUUGACAGACCUCAGUGCCAUAAGGUUGCCAAGAUGCAGAGAGCUAAAUGUAAAUAAAAACCACUUUACGUCCUUCAAACAGCUGCCAAAGAUCCCUCAGAUUCAGCACUUAUCUCUCGCUGAAAAUAACAUCACAACCCUAAGUGGGAUUUCAGACUUCAGACACACUCCACUGGAAUCCCUCAUCCUCAAGAGGAAUCCCUGUGAGUUCCAGGAAAGAUACAGACAGCUUGUGUUCUCCAAUUUGCCAAACCUGAAAAUACUGGAUGGUAUCCCAAAACUGCCAGAGGACUGCUCACCCCCUGAGGUCAGGUUUUUUUACAGAAUGUGUACUAUACUCUAGCACAGUAUUUUGGUAGGAUCACAACUGUGCUACAACCACCUUACUUAAAA